GUUAUUGAUAAGUUCAAAACAAAUAGGGUAUAACCAAACAUUCAAGGAAGUAAGAGACCGUCGGUGUGAAGCAGAAUCCAUAAUUGGGGACUUAAACAUAAAUUCCCCUAUUGCUGCUUUUCCUCCUCCCGCUCUUGCUUCUUGCCAUUGCUGUUUCGAGCUCUCCUCAAAGCCCUAAUUUUCUCCUCUUCUUCUUCAUUCUCUCACCAUGAAGCUCGUCAGGUUUUUGAUGAAAUUGAACAACGAAACAGUUUCAAUCGAGCUUAAGAACGGAACCAUUGUUCAUGGAACCAUUACUGGUGUAGAUGUUAGCAUGAACACUCAUUUAAAAGCUGUGAAACUCACUCUGAAAGGGAAGAAUCCAGUUACAUUAGACCACUUAAGUGUCAGGGGAAACAACAUUCGCUAUUAUAUUCUUCCGGACAGUUUGAAUCUGGAGACUUUGCUGGUUGAAGACACUCCAAGAAUCAAACCCAAAAAGCCAACUGCAGGUAAGAUUCCAGCAGGUCGGGGACGUGGUCGUGGAAGAGGUCGUGGACGUGGCCGUGGUGGUCGUUAAGCAUUUUGCAGUAAUCAAAAGUCUGGUCCUUUUUGGUUUGUAACAGCAGGAUUGUAAAAGAUCUAUCUUGUAGUGAGAUUUGGUGUCACUAAGACAAAUUCUUGUUAUCUCUUUAAGUUUUCAUGAAUUUGAGAUUUGAAACGUUAUUGCCAAACAUACAUCACUCAAUAUGUUUUAUUAUUGACUUGAUCACUUUAUUACAUAGUCUGAUAAAACGUGGGGAGUUCGAGAAA